CUGGGACAUAACUGGCAGAGCGACUAAGUUCCUGCGGUAGUUUGUUCACCUCCCUCACGAACAUGCGACUUGACGCGUUCUGGUGAAGUUGAUGAAGACGUAGACACCGAAGAUAAGCUGGCUUGGGGCAUGUACUCUGCGGGUGAUUGGUACUGGUUUUAGCCGUCGGCCUAAAGGUCCACAUCGGUUAGGAGUCAAGAACUUGCAGGGUAAACAUCGCAAUGAUUGCCAGUGCAAUUGAUCUUGUCGCACGUGAUUCGAUCGCCUCUCAAACGCGUACCAUCCUAGCCUCCCGGAGGCUAUUUCGAACUUCGAGCUUGGGCAGUGUAUCGACUCGCUGUGAUUGGCGAGUUGACAUACUUGGGGCGAAUCGCUCGCUACGACGCGUCUACAUGUAGCAUUCCAAUGCGUGUAGAAGGAAUGUCAGUUGGCUCGGAUUGCGUCACUUGUUUAUUCGAUUGGCUACCGGUCCCCUCUCUGAUUCAAUCUCUGCGCGGACCCAGGGAGCUCCUUCACCUCAUCGCAUUACCACUCCGCAGUAGCAGUCAACCCCACCCAUAUCUCGUAUUCUCUUCUCGUCAUGGCGUUCAAGUUUACCAUCUACCUCUCCAAAUCGCGAAAACAAACCAAGCCAGCUCAUCUCAAGGCCGCCCACAACGACAAUGGCAGAAGGAAGUCAUCGAAGUCUUGGAACGCCUUCAAGUCUCAAGGACCGCCAGGCUCACCACGACCACACGCCUGAUGUGCACGCCAAAGGCACCUGCAAUCACAUCCCUCUACCUCCCGCCAACAACAAUAUCAUUCUCCACCGUCUCCCGCCCCAGAUUUCCUCCCUUCAACCCAUUAUCACUCCUCAUCCCCGAGUCUCCUCUCUCCCACCCAAGGCCGCUCCCCAGCCAGUCGCUCCUCCCGCGGUAUCCCUCUCCAGGUCUCGCCUCUUCCCAAAAUCUUAUCCAAGCCCUUCGUCAGGCGGACGAAGAUGCUCGCAAUUUCAUAUCCUUCGGCCCUCUAUGAGCAGGAAGAUACUUCGCAGUCUAUAACGACAAUCUAUCCCGCCUCUACCGUCAUACGUGUCGUCGAUACCCACAGUCUAUUCCCAUCUCCUACGGCACACACUAUCGCCCAGAACGAUUCCCAGGAGGAAUCAAUCGGCGGCCUCCAGCACCCUUCUUCUCGCGGAGAAAGCUUCUCUCAUGUGUCGAGCACACCCUUGUAUGCUGCCGCGGCCAUUCAUCAUGAAUGUCGCCAGAAGAACGGCAAAACAUCGCCUAUCCCGUGGUCUCCGAGCGGUAGAAGUGAGGACUGCGUCCACGACCGCCUCGAUCCCCAUGCGUUGCAUCACGGAUGCCACCGCCACUGCCGGGAACUUUUGGGACCUCCUCGAGGACGUCAUGGGCCACUCCAUUUAUCAACAAUAUACCAGUUUCGAAGCCUUUACUGCUUACUCUGAGGGCCUCAUGAACCAUGUCGAAAAAGACUCGUUAGCACCCACAAACUAGCUCCUAUACGACUUCUCGUUUUCUCCAUCACGCGGUAGGGGGGGCGCUUCCGAUGCUCGACUUUCGUGGAUGCUGGCUUACAAAGCAACUAGAACUUAAAGCUUACCCAAGAGUAUUAUCUCUCCUCUGUGCCAGGAGUUAAAUAAUGCCCUCCUUCAC